GUUAAAUACAACAACAGCCUUUGCGCUGCCAUUAGUCAGUCUGACGUCUGGAGUCUAAAGUCUAUAGACUUCACUUUAUUGGAGUUGGACUGGCAUGGAAAACUGAAUUUAAAUAAAAUAUAGUUAGAACAAAGUACAGAUGUUUAAUUUAUUCUACAUAACUUCUACCUCAACUAUCUAAGUGUAUCUAUAGACGUGUACAUCCCAGCGGGUUAAGACAGCUGCUGGACAGACAAGCUUAUCGAUUCAAUCAUGAUACACUUUCGAAGAGAUAAACUGAGAUUUAUACUCGCUGUGGGUUUUCUCAUUAUUUCCAUAAGUCUUGUUCUAAGACUUCUGGACAAUCCUGAAUUACAACUAGGAGAUAUAAUGGAAAGAUCAAUGGGAGGAGAAAAUUCUGUCAAACUGAAACCUGAUCAUCAUAAUGAUGGUCCUAGUGCUGUCAAAUGUGGUCUCGCAGCUCCAUGUCCCAAAAAUGAUUUCGCCUUUAAGAUUGCCAGUGGAGCAGCAAAUGUUGUUGGGCCACAAAUAUGCUUUGAUGGGAAAAUAAUCAUUGAAAAACAGGCUAGUAAAAAUCAUCCUGGAAUUACUAUUGUUGUUAUCGAAGAAGCAACAGGUGAAUUAAUCAAAACUGGCUCUUAUAAUAUGUGGAACGGAGAUGUUACAGAGUUGAUACACUUUGUGAAUUCAACCGAGAGUGGUUCUCUUGUUUUGAUGGCCAGUUAUGAUGAUCCAGCCACAAAACUUAAUGAGGAGGCACGCCAACUUAUCGCAGAACUUGGCAGUGCAUAUAUUUCCAAUUUGAAAUUUAGAGACAACUGGGUCUUUGUGGGAGGGAAGAAAACCAUAGUCAAAGCCUCUUUUGAGCAGCACUUGAAGAAUGAAAGGUCCACCAAUAAGUAUGAAGCUUGGCCAGAAAUGAUUGAGAUGGAAGGUUGCAUACCAAGACCAGACUGAUUUUGCAUGCGGUUUAGGAUUUGUCCUCUGCUAAACGAACGUUUGUCAAUGACUUAUGUCAGCUUUUCACCAUCUACUAAAAUACAUCAGAUAGCCUAUCUGAUGUGGUUUAUGGAUUAUUUAAAUGCACAGUCAUAUGAUAUAAUAUGUAUGCAAUACUCAUUUGAAAAUAUGCUGUUUCAUAAUUUCAAAAUCGGUAUGUACUUAUAUGUACUUUUACUAUAUUCUGUGAGCAUUGGAUUGUUUUGUAUUGUGUCAUUUUUAAUACAUAACUCUUGUG